AUGGGUGCAAAAACUAUGCAAUCAAAAGUUGUAUUGGAUUAUGAUCGCGCUAUCGUAGAGGAGAGAUGCACAGCAACAUGUAAGGGAAAACAGAUCGAAUUUGAUCUAGCCGGACACCUCGAAUACAUGCCCAAACACCUGGAAGCGCCGUCGUUUGAGACUAAUGGGGACUUCAUAUGGCAUCAGAAACUGGAUUGGUUUAGCGAUAUCAAAAUACCAGAAUUUAAGCCACUUAUGAAACUGAUAGCACAACACUGGAAACUAACUCUGGCAGCGCUAAACGCCACUAUGCUGGACGAGGUCGACAUGGUGACGCAUAUUGAGCCCCUCGCAAACCCCGUCAGGACCAUGGAGCAAAAGAUCGACUUCCUCCUUCAAUCAUUCGAACAACGCAUGCAAUCCACUGUCCAGAGAUUGGAGCAAAUGCCUACAACCACGCCACGGCCAGGACUGUGGAGUGAAGUGCUCCAUCUGCACCGCCGAUUAGAACAUGCUCCUGUGCCCGUCGCGUGGCACAUAAAACGCUUUCAAGCGCAGAAAGAUUUGAACGUUCUGACUCCUAUCCCUCCCCACACCACCGUCCUCGCCAUCGCUGCCCCUUCAUCGCAAUCAAGUCCACAGCACACCAUCGUUGUCGCUAACGCUGCCCCUCUACGGCUAUCAACCCGUCCGCUCAUCGUCGUCUUCCCUCCGCAUCACACCCUCCAGCCGCCAAAGUCGAUCAUUUGUCUUCCCGUUUCUUUUGGUUGUUAA